GUACGCACGUUAACAAGCGUCAGCAGUCAGGGCCGCUGGGCCCCCGGAAACGCUCGCUCGUUUGGCGUAUUUCUGGUGCGCCGCCUGACGUGAGACUCAUGGGAUUGGCACCUGUCAGAUCCGCCAGUUAGCGCUUGCUCUAGGCUCUUCCCUAGAGCCGGAAGCAGCUGCUGCUGGGCGAGUGUCCGACUGGAGCCAGGGAGCCGGGAUUCCCGCCCGGCGGGUGGGCACGAUGCGGCUCGGCUCCGGGACCUUUGCUGCGUGCUGCGUAGUAAUCGAGGUGCUCGGCGUCGCACUAUUCCUUCGAGGAUUCUUUCCGGUUCCCGUUCGUUCCUCUUCCGGGACCGAGCACCAAACAGAGCCCCCAGCGCCUGAACCCUCGGCGGGAGCCAGUUCCAACUGGACCAAACUCCCACCACCUCUCUUCAGUAAAGUUGUUAUUGUGCUGAUAGAUGCCUUGAGAGAUGAUUUCGUGUUUGGGUCAAAGGGUGUGAAAUUUAUGCCCUAUACAACUUACCUCGUGGAAAAAGGAGCAUCUCACAGUUUUGUGGCUGAAGCAAAGCCACCUACAGUUACUAUGCCUCGAAUCAAGGCGUUGGUGACAGGGAGCCUCCCUGGCUUCGUCGAUGUCAUCAGGAACCUCAAUUCUCCCGCACUGCUGGAAGACAACGUGAUCACACAGGCAAAAGCGGCUGGGAAAAGAAUGAUCUUUUACGGAGAUGACACGUGGGUGAAACUGUUCCCGAAGCAUUUUGUGGAAUAUGACGGAACAACUUCAUUUUUUGUGUCAGAUUAUACAGAGGUAGAUGACAAUGUGACGAGGCAUUUGGACAAAGUACUGAAAAGAGGGGACUGGGACGUGUUGAUCCUCCACUACCUCGGGCUGGACCACAUCGGCCACACAUCUGGGCCCCGCAGCCCCCUGAUCGGGCGCAAGCUCAGCGAGAUGGACGGCGUCCUGGUGAAGAUCCACACCGCACUGUUGGCAGAGGAAAGGGAGACUCUUUUGCCCAAUUUGCUGGUUCUUUGCGCCGAUCACGGCAUGUCUGAAACGGGAGGUCAUGGAGCCUCCUCCACGGAGGAAGUGAACACCCCUCUGGUCUUCAUCAGUUCUGCGUUUGAAAGGAAACCUGGUGACAUCAGACAUCCAAAGCAUGUUCAGCAGACGGACUUGGCUGCAACUCUGGCGGUGGGGCUCGGUCUGCCGAUCCCAAAGCACAGCGUGGGCAGUCUUUUAUUCCCCAUCGUAGAAGGAAAGGCGAUGAGAGAGCAGCUGAGAUUUUUACAUUUAAACGCAGUACAGCUUAGCAAAUUGUUGCAGGAGAACGUACCAUCAUUUAAGAAAGAGCCUGGAUUUCAGCAGUUUAAAGUGUCAGAAAGGUUGCAUGCGAACUGGAUCAGACUGUAUUUGGAGGACAGUAACUCGGAAGUCCUUGUCAGCCUGGGAACCAAGGUUCGGCGGCAGUAUUUGGACGCCCUGAGGACCCUGAGCCUGUCCCUGAGCAGACAGGUGGCCCACUACGAUGCCUACUCGAUGGCGGUGGGGACCGUCGUGGUGUUGGAGGUCCUCGUCCUGCUCCUGCUCAGCAUCCCACAGGCGCUGAGCAGCAAGGCUGAGCUGGACGUUCCUUUGUCGUCGCCUGUGUUUUCCCUGCUCUUUUACUUGACGUCCCUGCUUCUCCUCGCCCUUCACGUCAUGGUGUGCACCUCGGCCGGGCGUUCGUGUUACUUCUGCAGCCUCUCGUGGCUGACGGCGGGCGCAGUGAUGCUGCUCAUCUCUGCCCUGCUCUGCGUGGUCGCGUCUGCUCUCACCAAGAUGUUUCUGGACGGAAAGCUUCUGAGGAAGAGUCCAGCUUGUUCCGGCUCAGAGUGGUCAGAGUUAGAGCUUCUUAUCUUGUUGGGGACCAUGGGCCAUGUCGUGAGUCUGGGUGCCAGCAGCUUCAUCGAGGAGGAGCACCAGACCUGGUACUUCCUUGUCAACACCCUGUGUCUGGCUCUGUGUCACCAAGUCUACAAAAACUACUUUCCGGGACCCGAUGGGGGGCCCCAGUGCCACCCGUACAUAGCAGACGGAUGUGACUGUGCAGCAGCAGCUCUGCAGGGCAGGAAGCCCGCUUGGGACGGGGCAGAGCUCGGGGGAAUACACGAGAGCCCCGCUUCCCUGGCCACGCGCCCAGGCAACGAGAAGUGGGUGGUGCUGGCGAGCCCGUGGCUGAUCCUCGCCUGCUGCCGUCUGCUGCGGCCCCUGAACCAGACGGGCGUGCAGUGGGCCCACCGCCCCGACCUGGGCCACUGGCUCACCAGCUCCGAUCACAAAGCCGAGCUCUCCGUCCUGGCCGCCCUUUCCCUCGUCGUGCUCUUUGCGCUGGUCCAGCGGCGGUGUUCCCGGGCCUCGAAGAUAGCGAUGGCGCUCGGCCUGCUGGGCGUCUACUGCUACCGGGCGGCCCUUGGAAACGUGCUGCUCCCAUGGCGACAAGGCAGCAAAGACAUUUCAAAGGGCAUUGUGGAAGCGCGUUUUGUUUACGUCUUUGUCCUUGGCAUUCUGUUCACGGGCACCAGAGACUUGCUGAAAUCCCAAGUCACCGUGGCAGACCCCGCAGUGAGGGCCGCGGGCCUGUGGGAACUGCACAGCGGGCUGGUCCUCCUGGCGGCGCUGCUCCUGCGGCCGCAUAACCUGCCCGUCCUGGCGCUCGGCCUCUUGAUCCAGACGGUGAUGGCCAAGUUCAUCUGGAAGCCGCUGAGGCACGAUGCGGCCGAGGUCACCAUCAUGCACUACUGGUUCGGCCAGGCGUUCUUCUACUUCCAGGGAAACUCCAACAACGUUGCCACAGUGGACGUCUCAGCAGGCUUCGUGGGCCUGGGCACCUACGUGGAGGUCCCGGCUGUGUUCCUGACGGCAUUUGCGACGUACACGGGGCCCGUGCUGUGGGCCAGCCACUUGGUGAAUUUCCUGAGCUCCGAGAGCAGCAGCGGCGGGUCCCUGUCUCGCGCUUGCUUCUGCUACGCACUGAUCUGUUCUCUUCCGGUUUCUGCGUAUCUCAUCCUGGUGACAACCCUGCGUUACCACUUGUUUAUAUGGAGUGUGUUUUCUCCAAAACUUCUCUACGAGGGAAUGCAUCUGCUCAUCACAGCUGCGGUCUGUGUAUUCUUCACAGCCAUGGAUCAGACCAACACAAAGCCUUAGACCAACCUCUCAAGACCCUGGGAAAUAAUACAUUUUUAAAGUCUACUAUUUACUUCAUGGAUUUGAUUAAUAAGAAUAUGUUUAAAUGCAAGAUGAUUUUUUUAAAAAGACAUGAAUUCUACAAUGUCGAUGGGUGGCUUCAAUUCCUUUGAUUAUUGUACUUCAAUUUAGAUUAAAUAGUAAGUAGUUUAAUAAAAGAUCACUUGAAAAUA